UUGUAUGAUUACAAUUUGAUGGUGCAAUCUUUGUGUUUUUGAUGGUGCAAUAUCGAAUGCUUCCUCCUCUGAGAGUAUAAAAGAGCUCAAAAACAUCUCAAGCACCAGUACUACCUCACCAACUUUAGUACUACAGAAAUAAAGAAAGGUUUUCUCUUCAAACAACUCCAUUACCCUGUCUCUCUUUUCUGACCCUCAUCCUCAAGAAGUUCUUUGUCUUCAUAUUAUGAGUAGCUCUUCACCAGGAGAAGACUCGAGUGGUAAUAAAGAAAGCAAGCAAGAAGGUGCUUCUAAUAAUAAAAAAGGAACUAAAACCAUAUCCUCUUCAAGGACCGGUAAUAAUAAACGAGUUCCUCCAUUAUGCAGAGAGUACGUCAAUAAAGGAUCUUGUUCCUAUGGUAGCCGUUGUCACUACCGACACCCUCAAUCUACUAAACAAGUCUGCCGACAUUUCCUGGCCUCAAACUGUCGCUAUGGUGACCAGUGCAAGUUCCUUCAUCCUCCGAGAGACGAUGAUUUAACUCUGCCCACUUCUCCUCCUCCUCCUGCCAGUAGGCCUGAUGAUGAUAAUUCAAGAGAUGAUUCAAUUACUUUAUUAAACACAAUGUCUUUCCCUAGCAUUUCCUCAUCUCUAUCAAAGACUAAAGCCCCUUCAUUCCAGACCCCUCCUACUAUUAGUACCCACCAGCAGUCAUCAGCCCCACCUGUAGAGAGAACCAAAGACCACAGGCAGUCAGACCACUCAGGGAGAAGGGCAGAGCCGUUAACAUUAGAUGCAUUCUUUAAAACUGGCAGUCAAGGGAAGGCUGGUCCUGUUUCUGCUCCUGUUGCUAGAGCUCCUGUACCACGUCCUAAGAGAGCAGUGGAUUCAUCAGUUCCUCUUCAGUCUCUUCGUGAUAUUGAGAUAGAGCAACUGACCAAGCGUUAUUAUGGGGACCAGCACCAACUGGUAGAGAAGAGCUCUGAUAGUUGUGCAUAUGUUAUCAAAUUCAGCCCAACAGAUCCUGAAUGGAUUGAGAACAAGUUUCCUUCUUUCGACAUUAAGAUUACACUUCCAUCAGAAUAUCCACGUAAACCGUGUAAGCUUGAAGUGGUCAAUACUGGUGUCCUAUCCAUUGACUGUAUUGAUUCUGUUAAUAAUGAAUUGGAGGGAAGGGUGGAGGAUCACCAGCUGGCUAACAGGAGAUCAGGACAGCAUGAGUUAAUGCUUAGGCCAAUACUUCACUGGCUGGACAAUAAUGCAAUGAGACUGAUACCUCGAACAUCAUUUUUAGAGGACUUUUCCUCUAAAAUCAAUAUCAAAGACGAAGACAACGAUUCAGCAACAGCAAGUGAUGAUGAUGAUGAUGAAGAUGAUGUAGCUACUACUAAUAUGAAAUAUGUCUCACCAGUGAAGAGAGGUACAGAGCUGAGACUAGUGGACAUUAAACUAAGUGAAGGAGUUGGAACAAUUCAAAUGAGUGUCAUUAAAGUGACGGUUGAAUGUAGCAGGUGUAAGUGCAGGACUGACCUUCUCUGCAAAGAAAACAAGGUUACAUCUCAAGUAUGUUCAAAGUGUAGCCAUUGGAUAUCAGUUCAGUAUAAUCCUGAUCUACUUCAUUCAUCUAAUCACUCACUAGCUUAUCUUGAUCUUUUAAAGUAAGAACAUAAUACAACAGAUUACAGAGUCAUUUAUCCUCUCUCACUUUCUC